AUAACAAUUCAAUUCAGUUACUGAGUUUGAGCAAAUCAUCUUAUGGCAGAUGUUGUUGUUUCGUUUGUGAUUGAAAGGCUUGGAGACUUGGUGACUUCUGAAGCUGAAUUCUUGCAUGGAAUCAAAGGCCAAGUGGGGAAAGCACAGAUCAAGCUUCAAUGUAUGAGUGCUUUCUUAAAAGAUGCAGAUGCUUGGGUUAGAAAUGGUACCGAUGAGAGAGUUCGCCUUUUGGUUGUCCAAAUCAGAAAAAAUUCUCUUGACUUGGAGGAUGUUAUUGCAACUUAUGUCUUCAAAGUGGCUUUGAAGAGGAAUGAAGGUGUACUCAAAAGAACUAUUAACAUCUUAAGAGAGGGAAUUGAUGUCCACAAAGUUGGAUUAGAGAUUGAGAGGAUCUCAUCCAACAUUGAUACUUGGACUUUACAAUUAGAAGCACUUGGUGAGAACCCUCAUAAACAUAAGGCGAUUUCGAUAUGUGGGAUGGGAGGUUUGGGAAAGACCACUCUUGCCAGAAAGGUCUAUCAGCAUCCUCAAGUUAGGACUCACUUUGAUUGUUCUGCUUGGGCCUCAAUAUCUCAGCAAUGUAAUAGACGUGAAGUCUUAGAAGGAAUUCUAUUUCCUCAAUGACAAGGAGAGUUGGGAGCUGUUUCAGAACAAGUACUUCCAUGUCGCAACAGAUCCAUCAAGUAAUAUACUAUACUUCAUUCUUUUUGACUCAAUAAUCAUAUUAUUCCUUCUUAUCUUUGCUACCAUUUAUAUUUAUACAUAUUAUACAUGUCAAUCUAGAUAUCUUUAUA